AUGGCUUCCUCGCUCGCCAGUCGGUGCGCCAUCCGCUCAGCAUGUCGCAACCAGAGACUGAGAUUCGUUGGUGCGCGAUGGAAUAGCUCCAUUUCACAGAGGCCGGGGUCGGACAAGGUCCGAUUUCCCGGCGCUGUUGACAGCAAAUUCACAUCUGAAAUGGCUUUUUCACGGCCGUCCACGACACCCGCGAUGCAAACAUACCGCGUGAUGGAUUCUGAUGGAGUUAUUGUGGACAAGCAACAUGAGCCUUCUGAUGUUUCGGACGAGGAGGCUUUAACUUGGUACAAGAACAUGUUGACAGUGAAUAUAAUGGAUGUGAUCAUGUUCGAGGCUCAGAGGCAGGGUCGGCUGAGUUUCUACAUGGUGUCUGCAGGCGAAGAAGGCAUCGCUGUUGGAUCAGCUUCUGCAUUAACAGACGACGAUGUCAUAUUCUGUCAAUAUCGAGAAACCGGCGUGUUUGCACAACGCGGAAUGACGAUUAAACAAUUUAUGAGCCAGCUUUUUGCCAAUAAAGAUGAUUCUGGACGUGGCCGGAACAUGCCUGUACAUUAUGGGCUUGAACGUCCCCGAAUAUUCACAAUAUCGUCCCCGCUUGCCACGCAACUCCCGCAAGCAGCUGGUGCCGCAUACGCGUUGAAACUGCAGGCUAUGCAGAAUCCCAAUAAACCAGCUGGGGUUGUUGCGUGUUACUUUGGCGAGGGAGCUGCUAGCGAGGGUGAUUUCCAUGCUGCUUUGAACAUGGCAGCGACCCGAUCUUGUCCCAUUGUUUUCAUCUGUCGGAACAAUGGGUUUGCCAUUUCCACUCCCACCCUCGAGCAAUACCGCGGGGAUGGUAUUGCAAGCCGCGGCAUUGGUUACGGGAUCGAUACGAUCCGAGUUGACGGAAAUGAUAUCUUUGCCGUUCGAGAGGCAACCAAAAAGGCUCGAUGGAUGGCUCUGGAGGAUGGUGGCCGGCCCAUUCUGAUUGAGGCCAUGAGCUACCGUGUAUCUCACCACAGUACCAGCGACGACAGCUUCGCGUAUCGUGCUCGGGUGGAGGUUGAGGACUGGAAACGCCGGGACAACCCCAUCAUCCGGCUUCGUAAGUGGCUUGAGAAUAAAGGGCUGUGGAACGAAGAGCUGGAGCAGCAGACACGAACAGACCUCCGCGCAGCCAUCCUCAAGGAGUUCAAUGCUGGCGAGCGCGCAAAGAAGCCUCCACUGAAAGCCAUGUUUACGGAUGUCUAUGAGAACCUCACCGAGGAACAGGAGGCGCAGCGCGAGGAAUUGAGAAAGCACUUGCAAAAGUACCCCAAUGAAUACCACAUGAACGACUACGAAGGUGGCAUCAAGGGGCUUGCAUUUAGUUAUAUAUUUAUCCGGGGCGUUGUGCUUCCAAAGGUUACGGCUGCAAUUACCUCCAAGGGCCGGUUUAUCCCUGUUGCCAUGCGCUGGCGAUGUAACGUUAGCCAGUGGCUCGAAGGGCAUGUCAGAACAAUAAGCAGCGUGGGUGUCGAUCAUUCUGGUGCUUGCGGAACGAAGUCCGGGCCAUUGCUUAAAUAUCUGGGCGAUUGUGUUGAACUGAACAUUGUACAAUCCCAGGCACUGCUACACUACCAGUACCUAGCACCUAGGUACCUACAGAAAGGCGAUUAUGCGACUCGCAGCAGUGCUGCUGGCCGCAGGGUUCCCCCUGCUGGCCGCGGCACAACACGUUAUCGACUUGAGUGGGAAGGACUGGACGGUCAGGAAUGCGCAGGGCAAUGUGUCGGCUUCGGCAUCUUUGCCCUCCCUGGUGCAUUUAGACUUGCAUGCUGCUGGGGUGAUUCAUAUGCGGGUACAAAUGAAAUUGCCCUCCGCUGGAUUGCCUGGUCGAACUGGACAUACACAAGCAGCCCAGUCAAGGGACUAAUCAACGGUGCUUCCAGCAGCUGGCUUGUAUUUGACGGAUUGGACACCUUUGCUACAGUUGAACUGUGUGGCCAAGUCGUUGGAACUGCAUACAACCAGUUCCGUCAGUGGCAGUUCGACGUAUCAGAGAUUCUAAAGUCCUGCGGAGAAGAUCCAGUAAUCUCAAUCAACUUUGGCAGCGCCCCGACAAUUGCAAAUGCCAUUGCUGACGAAUCAGGACAAGAAACAUGGCCUAGUGGCGUCCAGGGCUUAUUUGAAUUCGAUAAUAGGUGGUUUAUUCGCAAGGAGCAGUCCGACUUUGGUUGGGAUUGGGGUCCGGCUUUCGCCCCUGCUGGACCGUGGAAACCAGCGUACUUGGUGCAAUUCGGACCUCAUGAUGGUGUCUAUGUGCUGAACACAGACAUUGACAUCCAUCGAGAGGGUCAAGUCAACUGGUUGCCUCCUGACCAGACUAAGCCAUGGGUGGUCAACGCCAGUAUUGAUUACCUAGGCCCAUUGGCCUAUAUCACAACUAGAGAUAACUCUAUAACAGGGCUUACCACGAUUGCUGCCGAUGUACCUGAUUUAUGGUGGCCCGUUGGUAUGGGCGAUCAGAACCUUUACUAUGUCACUGUCACGGUUGUCGACAGCAACAAGAAGACUUUGGCCAUCGUCACAAAGAGGACUGGAUUCCGGACAAUUAUUCUCAAUCAAACCAAUAUCACGGACGCCCAACUAGCACUCGGGAUUGCUCCCGGUGCAAACUGGCAUUUUGAGAUCAACGGCCAUGAAUUCUACGCGAAGGGCUCUAAUUUUAUCCCACCGGAUGCGUUUUGGCCGCGAGUCACUAAGGAUUACAUGAAUAGAAUCUUUAACUCGAUUGUAAACGGAAACCAGAAUAUGCUUCGAGUCUGGGCAUCCGGUGCCUAUCUUCCAGACUUUAUAUACGACAUUGCAGAUGAACAGGGGGUACUUCUAUGGAGCGAAUUCGAAUUCAGUGAUGCUCUGUAUCCUGUGAACCAAGAGUUCUUGGACAAUGUCGCCGCUGAAGUGUCGUACAAUGUCCGCAGGCUAAAUCAUCAUCCGUCGUUGGCUCUCUGGGCUGGCGGUAAUGAACUGGAGAACCUGGAAUUGGUCGAGGUAUAUGACGAUGACCCGGAGAGCUUUCCCAAAUAUCUCGCCGAGUACGAGAAGCUGUUCAUCAGCUUAAUCUUCCCCCUGGUUUUUGACAACAGUCGCUCAAUAAGCUACACUCCCACGUCAACUGGGAAUGGUUAUUUUGAGAUCGAUUUGUCCCUUCCCGUGCCCAUAGUGGAACGCUACGAGAAUGUGACACCGGGGUACUAUUAUGGUGACAGUGACUAUUACAAUUACAACAGUGCCGAGGCUUUUGACAUGAGCUACUACCCAGUUGGUCGAUUUGCGAACGAAUUUGGAUUUCAUAGCAUGCCCAGUCUGCAGACAUGGCAACAGGCCGUUUCCGACGAGGACUUGGAAUUCAACAGCACUGUGAUCCUCCACCGAAACCACCAUUACCCCCCCGGAGGCUUGUCGACCAACACCACAUUAAGUGCCGAGGGUCAGGGAGAAAUGACCAUCGCCGUCGAACGAUAUUACCCGAUUCCAUCCAAGACCGACUCUAUUGCAAAUUUCAGUGCCUGGUGUCUCGCCACCCAGCGCUUCCAGGCUGAUAUGUAUAAGUCGGAGAUUCAGUUCUACAGAAGGGGAAGUGGACAUCCCGAGCGUCAGCUAGGCUCGUUGUACUGGCAGCUAGAGGAUAUUUGGCAGGCGCCCUCGUGGGCUGGCAUGGAGUAUGGAGGUAGAUGGAAGGUGCUGCAUUAUGUGGCGAAGAAUAUCUAUGAGCCUGUGAUUGUGGCGCCAUACUGGAACUCCUCGACGAGGGACCUGAACAUCACGGUCACCUCGGAUCUGUGGGAGUCUGUAUCGGGCACAGUGACUUUGACGUGGUACGACUUGAAGGGCGUGCCAUUGCCAGAUAAUGCAGGAGUACCUUCUUCAGUCCCAUUUACCGUUGGCCCACUCAAUACCACGGAGAUCGUGGCUACCAAUAUCAACAAACUUGCCAUCCCAGACGUGCAAGACGCGGUUCUCGUUCUGACUCUCUCUGCUACCGGCCACUUGCCCAACAGCGAUACUGAGACGCAAUUUUCACACGAAAACUACUUUGCGCCUGUGUACACAAAUGAAGCAAAACUAGUUGAUCCGGGGUUGAAACUGUCGUAUGACAAGUCGAGUAAUAAGUUUACAGUUGAAGCUACCAAGGGUGUCUCGUUGUAUACAUGGUUGGAUUACCCUGCUGGCAUCGUUGGGUACUUUGACGAGAAUUCCUUUGUGCUCGUGCCGGGCCAGUCCAAGGAAGUUGCAUUCACGGUACAGCAAGGGAUAUUGUCGGACCAGGUGGUGAAGGAGAUAACAGUGCAAAGCAUCUGGGAUCAAACACAAAGCAAUUGA